CCAGAGAACCCAUCACACCAAAGAAACACAGUUCCCUCCUACCUAAGACAUCCACUCCUGACAACAUGCAGUUCAACAACUUCUCUGAGGCCGUCUUCCCAGGCUGCUACUGGGGCAGCUUUGGCUACCCCCUGGGUUACAGUGUUGGCUGUGGUUUCGGCAGUACCUACUCUCCAGUGGGCUACGGCUUGGGCUAUGGCUAUCACGGCUGUGGAUCUUACAGAAGAUACUGGCCAUAUGCUCUCUACUAAUUUGCUGGAAUCCUUGAGGAAAAGAGUCUUCUAUCCCUUGAAGGCAGAGUGGCACACUUCCAGAUUCUUCCUUUAUCUACUUCUGACAUCCUCAUUUGCUCACCAACAUCAGAGUCGCUGCUUUCCAGACCUAGCACCAGAAUCCCAAGGGAAGACAUUGAAAAACCAGAUGAUGUCCAAGCUGCCUUCUCUGGAAGAUGUUUGUUGGGACAUUUCUAUAACCUGACACCCAACUUGACAUGUUUUAUUCCUGAAUUUUUCAUGGCGCUCGUGACUCUCAUCCCUGUGAAGUUAUGCAUGUGUCUGUCAAAUUCUCAAUAAACUUGUCAUGAUAGCCUCA